UAAUAAUGCAUAUCCGCAAUGGGAUUUUCUUAUAACUUUUGUUUUAUAUUUUUGUGCUGCAUUUGUUGAUUUAUCCAUUUUUGAUCUUUUCGAGUUGGAUGGAUCACUUCGCAAGUAUCAGGUCUAUGACUUUGGCCAUGAGAAUUGA